GAGAAUGAGAAUGUGUUGAGUUCAUGUCAAGUUAGAUUUGCCGAGUUGUUCAGACCAGACAUAAAUAGUGUGGAGCUACGCGUGGACCGGCUCUAGGACCCGGGGGCGACACGUGACGCAGGACGACAACAGGAAGACGGAGCUCACGUUGCCGGUGAUGGCUCGGCAGGCGACGGCGGGCUGGCGCUACGUGCGGGCGUUCGUCAGCGGACUCUUCGUCGCCGUCCCCGUCACGGUCACCGUCCUCGACCGGUUCGCCUACGUGGCGCGAGUGGAGGGAGCGUCGAUGCAGCCGUCCCUGAACCCGGACAGCGGCUCCGAGUGCGACGUCGUCCUCCUGAACCGUUGGAGCGUGAGGAACUACGAGGUCCGGCGAGGGGACAUCGUCUCCGUCAUGUCUCCACGGAAUCCACAGCAGAAGAUCAUCAAGCGGGUGAUCGGCCUGGAGGGAGACUUCAUCAGGACUCUGAGCUACAAGAACCGAUACGUCCGCGUCCCUGACGGUCACUUCUGGAUCGAGGGCGAUCACCACGGCCACAGUCUGGACAGCAACAGCUUCGGACCGGUGUCCGUCGGGCUGCUUCACGGUCGAGCCUCUCACAUCAUCUGGCCUCCCAAUCGCUGGCAGGAAAUCAAACCGUCGCUGCCGCCGCACAGAGGACCGCUGGCCCCCGAGGAAGAGGAGGGAUGAAGACGUGCGGCAGGUCUGUUACAUAACGAGCUCCUGUACGUCCGUCGGCGAGGAUCCAGUCUCUCCCACGAGCUCCAGUUCUGUUCAGCUCUGGGAUUUAUUGAACUGUAUAUUGAGUUUCUGUGUUUUGUUACUUUUGCCACGGUUCAGGCCUGAUCAGUGACAUUAAUCUAUUAACAGGAAAUGAAAAAUCAGUUAUGUCGAUGACCUGAGCAUCUUCUCAUUUUCAAGAGAUUUGAUGACGUUUCACUCAUAUCUGAGAAAUUGAUUUAGAAACCAAGUAAUUAUUAGAUUCAUUGAGUAUUCCACGUUCCGACCUCACGUCUCCCCCAGACUCUCGGUGAGGAUUCUUUUAUUAGUCGUUCUCAUAGUCAGAAUAUUCCUGCGGUUUUAUUGCUCAUGUUCCAAAAAUAAAAGAGUCAUUGAUAUUA